AUGGUGGUUACAGGGAGUACAAGAAAAGAAAGGGAGGAUGACAUCCGGACAGUCUCCGGCCACUCCUCCCCCGCGGCCUAUUACGAAACUCUGGGCUCUUUGUACCUCACCCCGCUACUAUGUCCCGGGGCCGUGGCCCCUCCCCGGAGCUAUAAAGGUCGCAGCGCCCGGCCGUGGAGCUCACUCGCCGGACACACCGGCUGUCAGAGGGACGCGGCCGUCGCGUGGCCCCUGCAGGCUCUGUCCGCCGCGCUCCAGCCGCCGCGCCGCAGCCCCGCGCGUUCCCGGCCCCGCCCCGCCGGUGCGCCCGCCGCCCGCCGCCCGCCGCCCGCCGCGGGAAGGAGGAUGGAGCCGCGCCGCGCCGGCCGCGUCCCCGCACUGCUGCUGUGCCUGGGUCUCCAUCUCCUCCAAGCAGUUCUGGGCACCACUGUGAUUCCUUCCUGCAUCCCGGGAGAAUCCGAAGAUAACUGCACAGCAUUAGUUCAGAGAGAAGACAAUCCACGUGUGGCUCAAGUGUCAAUAACCAAGUGUAGCUCUGACAUGAACGGCUACUGUUUGCAUGGACAGUGCAUCUACCUGGUGGACAUGAGUCAAAAUUACUGCAGGUGUGAAGUGGGGUACACUGGUGUCCGAUGCGAGCACUUCUUUUUAACCGUCCAACAGCCCUUGAGCAAAGAAUAUGUGGCCUUGACUGUGAUUCUCAUUAUCUUGUUUCUUGUCAUAGUCGCUGGUUCCAUAUACUACUUCUGCAGUUGGUACAGAAAUCAAAAAAGUAAAGAGCCCAAGAAGGAAUACGAAAAGGUGACGUCAGGGGAUCCAGCAUUGCCACAAGUCUGAAUGAGGCCAUCAAGCUACCAGCAGGGAUGGUUAUGCACGCCUGGUUAUGUUAAUAUUCCUAUUUUAUUAAUAAUAUUUAUGUUGGAUCACGUGAUAAGUUGACAAUGGCGCACUUUUAAUAUAUUUGGACAAGUUUUUUUAUUUUUGUUUUAUUUUUGACAGACUAUUUGCUAAUGUAUAAUGUAUAAGAAAUAUAUAAUAUAGAAAAAAAGUCAAUAUUUUUCUAAGAAAUAAUUUCCUGGACUAAAUGCUUUAGCUCCAAAGCUUAGUUGCCGGCUACGCCAUGUUUAGGAGUGAAGGACGUCCAGUUUGUUGCUCAGGAAGUGUCACAAAUGACAGAUUUCUGUUAAGCCUAAAUAUAUGGUCAAAUCAACUCAAAUAAGUGUAUUUUCCUACUCCAUUAGCGAUAACUGGUUUGACUAUAUUGUAGUUUGAUGUAUGACUUGGCACGAUGGUGUUACAUAUCAAAACACUAAUGUGAUGGGAAUUGGGGAGAAGCAAAUUUGGAUCCUGUGCUAAACGCUACACACUGGGACCAACCUAAACCGGGGAGGACUGUGUCCCCCUACCCCAUCCUCCACUGUGGCUCCAUGUUUAGUGGCCUGGAAGGAAGAUGGGCAGUUCCUUACUCUACCCACAAUUCCUGCAGAUACGAGUCACCCAUCUGCAGCUUCUCCUUGCAUUAAAUGAAUUGACAACUUCAUUUUAUACCAUCUUUCAUGUAAAUAGUAGGCAUUUUAUAGCUUCGUGAUGUUUCUUUUCUUUUCAGUACAACAUUUAUGUGAGAUAACUGUCACUCAUGAGACAAGUAAAAAAAAUCCACACUAGGAGCCCGAAUUUGGGCUUCUUUUCAAGGGUAUUUCUUUUCAUAGGGACUUUGAUUAAGAAUCCUAAGAUUAAGUCGCAGUCCAAAAUUUGAGGGACUAAUCACCACUUAAAAAAUAAGACAGUAAUUCUUUUUUUUUUCUUUUUUUUUCUUCUUUUUUUUCCAUUUUUUUAAAAAUUUUAUUCUUAUGUUAAUCCCCAUACAUUACAUCAUUAGUUUUAGAUGUUUUAGAUGAAGUGUUCCAUGAUUCAUUGUUUGUGCACAACACCCAGGGCUCCAUGCAGAAUGUGCCCUCCUCAAUACCCACCACCAGGCUAACCCAUCCUCCCACCCCCCUCCCCUCUAGAACCCUCAGUUUGUUUUUCAGAGUCUAUCGUCUCUCAUGGUUCGUAAAAAAUAAGACAGUAAUUCUAUCUGUUGUCCAAAGAUGGUAAUACAGUUAUUUCAUCUUCUAUGCAAGAGAGUUUUAACUUAAAACAAUGCAGUUAAGUAGCUCCUUCUGCAAUUUAAAACUAUAUGGUUAAAGUAAUCUCCUGAUAUAGGAUGUAGAAGAAAUAGAUCACAGUGUAUUUUCCCAAAUGAACAAAUUCAUUUGAAAACUUCUGAAAUUUAGAGACUUAACCAUGCCUUCUUUUGGAGACUGAGAUGAAACCAGGGCCCGGUUUUCUGUCUUUUGUUUAUUUUGGGGGGAAGAGAAGAAGGUUUCUCGUGUGCUUGAGACCAUGGUCUCAGUGAGUUAAUAAGGGUACCUGGGGCAACCGAAUAAGGAACCGCAGCUGUCAACACCUCCCAGUCUCAGGGGAGACUGCCUCAUUGAA